AUGACCGAACAGCAGAAAGAGGAGAAGAAGCGGAAGAUUGAAGAGAUGAAAGAGGAGGAAAAGCCGACGACAAUGUUUGGAAAAAUCAAAUACUACCUGAAACGUUACUGGUACAUUGCAGUGCCUGCCCACAUGGCAUCAAGCACUUUGUGGUUUGGAGGCUGUUAUGCAGCCGCUCAUUUUGGAGUUGAUACCGUAGGCCUGCUCCGAUUCUUGCACGUUCCAGAUGUUUUCAUCCAGAAAGUUGAAAAUGUACCACCAAGUGCUGGAGCAAUAGUCGUGGCUUUGAUAUUGUACAAGGUGGCAACCCCUCUACGAUAUGCAACCACCCUUGUAUUCAUUCAAGCAACGUUUUCUAUAUUACGGCGAAUGGGGAAGCUUCGGACUGUACGCGAAGUCGAAUACAAGGUUUGUAUGUAA